GUAUUAUAAUUGUAGGGUCGUGCCGCCUGUAUGCACUUACACCAUUCGUUUCGCAGUCAACCUCGGAGACGGAUCGCCGUCUCCUACGCAGUCCAGUGUCAGUGCUAAUUAAAGGAUAAUCAGUGUGUGUCAAGCAGUGAUAGUGUUAGAUAUUUCAUAAACAUAAGGUAUGUCCUUAGCGACUACUAAUCGUGCUAGUGAAAUGUGGAACAGCAGUAGAGAUAUGAACGCUCAAAUUGCGAUACAAUCUAAGCUUAACGAAUAUAAACAAAACCUUAAUAUGCCGACCGAUUACUACAACAACUAUCAGAAUAGUUAUUAUUCACAAAACUAUAACUAUACAAAUACGAUCAGUAAUUACGGGAAGGUGUAUGAACAGAACCAAAGUGGCGGAAUAGUGAAAUCGGAACCAACUUCAUGGCCUGGUUACAAUGCAAAUUAUCCAUCUGGAAAUAAUGUUAAUGAUAUGGGAAUGAUUAAUCGAUGGAAGGAAAUGAACUAUUAUUUACAACAGCAACAACAAAUGCAGCACCAACAACAAAUCCAGCAUCGGCAGCAGCAAGUAUCACCACAACAACAAUAUGGGUAUGAACAAAAAAUUAACACAAUGUAUCAAGGUACUGUGGAGAAGCCAGAAGAUAUUAAAUUGAUUAAUUCACCGGGACAGUGCAGUGUUCCCGAAACUAGCUACGGAUCACCUCAAAGUGCAACAAGUAAUUUUAAAUCACCUACGCCUGAAGCAGACGAAUCACCAAAUUUAAGGGCACUGCUUAUGAGACCGAAGGAUCAAAAUAUACCACCACAUUUUAUGAAAUAUGAUAAGACGUAUACGGAAGAAAUGCUCCAGAAGAUGAUGUUUAGCACAGAAGACGCAAACAAUUGGGGAAAAAACAAAGAGAGCACUGAGAAGGAAUGCAAUUUGUCGCAAUUUCAUGGUGGAUUUGAGAACGUUGAGGAUCAAACGUCAAUCAAGAAAGAUGCAGUGGGUGGGGCAACAGAAGGUGCACAGUCAUCACAGGACUCUUCGGGACCCUGUCAGGAUGUGACGAGGGUCGAUGCAGGCGGGGACAAUGCGGAUUAUGCGGAUAACAAAAUGGCGGCUGCACAAGAUGUGCAGGCGGUUUAUCCAUGGAUGAAGAAUGUUGGUGGUGAAGACAAAAAGGAAGGCUCGAAGAGAACACGGCAAACCUACACAAGGUUUCAAACGUUGGAAUUGGAAAAAGAAUUCCAUUUUAACAAAUACCUGUCUAGAAGAAGAAGAAUUGAAGUAUCACAUGCAUUGGGUCUGACGGAGCGACAAAUUAAAAUUUGGUUUCAGAAUAGAAGAAUGAAAGCUAAGAAGGAUGGGAAGCUAGCAACAUCACCAGAACCGUAUAACGUGGACGAAAUAAGUGCCGCUAAAUUGAGUAUGACUGAGUACAUGGGUGCAACGCAGCGAAUGUCUGGUUUGGGAGAAUAUCCUAACUAUCAUAUGAAUCUUCCUCCACAAACAAACAUCCCACCACAAAUGGCAAGCACUUUACCACAAAAUUAUAUGAUGCCGCCUUAUGAAGGGAUCAAAAAUAUAUAACUGGUACUAAAUAGUAAAAAAUGUGAAUGCUCGUCAGUCGAUUGAUGCGAGCAUGAUUCAACCAUACAAGGAGUUCGGAGCCUCCUAGAUCAGAUUUUGGUGCCUCUGCCUAGUAUGAAGAAUGAAAUGCGGUAUGAGAACUGAAAAUAAGUAAAAAAAGGUAAAUGUAAAAUUUAGCACGUGGUGUUAAAUCCGCCUUAUUCACCAUUAUUUUAAUAUAAAUUAUUAUGUAUUUUAAGGUGUUAAUUAUCAUACAUAAUUAUGUUAAGCAUGUAAGUACAAUUCUACUUGUCCUUGCGGGAAAAGGAUUGUUAUAAAUCUUAAGACUGUUCUAAUCAAUAAUUAAAAUUAUUUCUAGAUAAAUUAUGUAUAUUCAGUAUUUUCAUGUCUACUUAAUAACAUAUAAUGUUUUUUCCAUAAGUGUCAUGUAAAUCACUGGAUCUUUGAGGGCCUGCAUGAUGCAGAUGAGGGUUUUUGUCCUCUGAAGAUAAAAGUAAUUCAGGGUUAUUUAAAAUCUAUCGAAAAAUGAACCCGAUGGCGUCUUGAGGCAUAUUUGUAAAUAUUAUAAUCUUCGGUAACCGGUCAGUCGGUGCCGAGUACCCGGUUGCAAUCGUUGGAACUUAUCCGUACGUGUAAAAGCUAAUGUACUACCAUGCUACUACUAUUAAGCAUAGAUUUACACACGUUGUCACCGGGAACUCUGUACCGGUUGCCUGGAAACUGAGUUUUAGAAAAUUAUGAUGUUGAGUCAAGUAAGACAGAUAAAAGUCCCUCGCCUGGGCAUGCCCUAAUUAAUACAUUUAUUUAGGUAUCUAUAUGAAACGUUCCUAUUUAGAUAUAAUAUUGUGAGAUG